AUGGCGUAUCGUACCAAUACCAGCAAUGUGCCGUGUAAGUAUUUCCAGCAGGGAAAUUGCAAAUGGGGCAACAGCUGCAAGUAUGCUCAUGUUUAUGCAAACAGCGAUGGGUCGAACCAGGCUCAAGGAAGCAGCAUGUCGGAGACAGACCUCUAUAAGAGCUUUAUAAGCCCCACUUCCAUGGCCAAGAUCCAGAAGGUUAUCUUGAGUGAUCUGCAAGAGUCGGAAAUCUUCCAAAAGAGCCCAUUGGCAAGCGCUUACAGUUACGGAGUGCCUUGUGGAAUUAAUCUGAUCAAUGACAGAGACCUCUCUCCUGAGGAACUGAGAUUCAAAUACUACGAAGCUCGUCAGAAGGGCACCUUGAGCCAGUACGAGGCAGAGGUCCUUGCCAGGGAGAAAGACAUGAAGAAAUGCCUUCAACACAUCAGAGACCAUCCUGAUUGGGCAGCUAGAUACCUCCAGAAGGGUACGAAAGAGCUGAGAGAAACGGGACAUACUACUUUGAAGAGUGGCUUUAUCAAUUUCCCAAUUGACUUUACAGGGCAGGCCGGAUUUGGAGCGUCAGGUUCCUCAAGUUUCGGCAUCAAUCCUUUUACUCAAGGGCAAAAUGCUUUCGGUAGUACCGGCGCCUUUGGCGCUGGUGCCACUGCAGCAUUCGGUCAAGGACAGGCUCAAGGCUCUGAAGGUGCCUUUGGCUUCGGAGCCGCAAAAGCAAAUACAACCAACGUAUUUGGAGGCACCAACGUCGCUGCCCAGCAAUCUGGAGGGGCGUUUGGGAAGCCGUCCUUCUCUGGUUUCUCGAUGAAUUCUGCUGCAGGCUCAGCGCCGCCGAAUACUAGCAACGUCUUUGGAACUGCGGCACCCGCGCAGUCUGCUGGUACCGGCUCUGUAUUCGGACAAACGCAGUUCGGCGCAAGGCCUGCGGCAGGCUCGUCUACUGGCGCUUUCGGUAAGCCUAGUUUUGGUAGCUCUUCCUUCGGCCAAACCGCCUUCGGUUCGCCGGCUCUCGGAGGUACUGGGACGGGCUCGUUGACAGCUUCCCCAUUUUCCUCACUUCAAAAUACCGGUGCGACCCAAUCUCGCUUUGCCUCGCUACAGAAUAAGCCGGCCGACGCUUCAACAGCCUCUCCGUUCGGAUCUCUCCAGACCAAUCAACCGCCCACGCCGUCUCCCUUUGGAGGGCUGCCAGUCAGCGACAAUCCCACAAUGGCGGCCUCCGCCGGGGCGUUUGGCAAAAUGGGUACCAGCAUGCCUUCGCCAUUUGCAAAUCUCAGCGCAACAGAUGCUGCUAAUGCUCAAGGAACGACUCAGUUUGGCUUCAACAAACCCGGGGCGGCCUUUGGCACAGAAAAUACUGGCGCGGGCAAUACUACGGGCCCUUUUGGACUAGCAAAAGGCGCACAAGCGAAUGUUUUUGGCUCAGGCUUCACCUCAGGCUCAAAGGCGUCGGCAGAUGCCAGCGGCGGCGCUCGCGCUCGCAAAUUUGUACAAGGAAUCCCUACAGAGGACUCGCAGGUAAGUCCGAAUGAUCUAGACAAGCAGACAUUGGAGCAAUUCGAAGCAGCAAGCUUCAUCCUGGGCAAGGUUCCUGAUAUUCCACCGCCUAUGGCUUUAAUAUCGUGA